AGAGCUUCUCCUGUACUGAGUGCAGAAAGGGUUUCUGUUCUAAAUCCAAACUUAACGUGCAUAAAAGAUCUCACACGGGGGAGAAGCCAUAUUCCUGUCCUGAGUGCGGGAAAUGUUUCCAAUCUAAAUAUGGUUUUAAUGUGCAUAGAAGAUCUCACACGGGGGGAGAAGCCGUAUUCCUGUCCUGAGUGCGGGAAAUAUUUUUCACGAAAGUCUCAUCUUUACACACAUCAGAGAGAAGCCGUUUUUCCCUGUCCUGAGCGCGGGAAAUGUUUUUCAGAUAAGUCCUAUCUUUACAGAUAUCAGAGAUGUCACACAGGGGAGAAGCCGUAUGCCUGUUCUGAGUGUGGGAAAUGUUUUUUCAGACAAUCUAGUCUUCACACACACAUCAGAGACUGCACACGGGGGAGAAGCCUUAUUCCUGUCCUGUGUGCGGGAAAUGUUUUUCACAAAGGACCAGUCUUCACACACAUCAGAAGGAGACUGCACACGGGGGAGAAGCCUUAUUCCUGUCCUGAGUGUGGGAAAUGUUUUUCACUGAAGUCUGAUGUUUACAGACAUCAGAAAUCUCACACUGGGGAGAAGCCGUAUUCCUGUUCUGAGUGUGGGAAAUGUUUUUCAUACAAGUCUAGUCUUCACACUCACAGAGAUCUCACACGGGGGGAGAAGCCGUAUUCUUGUCCUGUGUGCGGGAAAAUGGUUUUCACAAAAGUCCAGUCUUCACACACAUCAGAGACUGCACACGGGGGAGAAGCCGUAUUCCUGUGCUGA